UUUUCGUGUGUAUUUCAGGGCAGUUUCUGAUGCCAAAAUUCAACUAAUCAACUCCCUCGAACCCACCAUGUACGAGAGCGGUACGUCAAAUCCUCGCCUGCUAUAUUACCUAUAAUCUGUAUCUCUUUGAUUGCGACUAUUCGACGAUUUAUCUUCAAUAGUGCGUGGUUCUUCUUGCGAGCUUCAGAAUUGGGGGCGGCAGCUUUGUCAGAAUUUUUCCCAUAUAUUCGGGGAAUCCUAGCAUAUUGGGAACCGAUGACAGAAGGAGUCUCAAGAGGUCAAAACAGAGCAUGUUUCCGGAAGAAUAGACUUAAAAGCUGUGGGUUAAAUGGGAAUCUUGAUAAUGUUGUUCUCAUUGAUGUUGACAGUGAUGGGCUCAAUGAUGUGAUAGUCAUUGAUGCUCCUGAGGCUGAGGGUUUACAACAGCAAUGUGAAGGUUCUAGAAUACAUAGAGAAGUUAAAAGAAAUCCUUUCGGGAGCAUAAUAAGCAUUGACGAUGAUGAUGGUGACGAUGUGGAUCAGCCUGGCGGCAAUAUGGAAAGUGGUGGUGAUAGCGAUGCCACUUCCAGAAAAAGUUGUCCUGUGUUUUCCCAUAUGCAAAAUUCCGUAGAUCUAGAUAAUGAUGAAUGUCGAGUUAUUCGAGAAAAAAAAUCUGAAUUCAAGUUGUGGAAGUGCCAGAAAUCCUACACCUGGAAAACUCAAUUUAGAAACCGUUAUGGGCUGAAUAAUGAUUCUAAGAGUGAUCCUUCCGAUUCCGAUUCUUCUGAUUGUGAAUUUAUGGAAGGGUCUACCGGCAAGCUUCGUGAACAGUGGGAGAAAGCCUCAAUUAGGAGAAAAGGUAAUGAUUGCGAUGGUAAUUUGGGUUUUGAUGGUCAGGCGUCUUCCUCUGCCUCCCAUGGUAAUAUUCAUCCAAAUGUUAAUGUUGAAAAUGAGUAUGAAAAACAUUCGGAAGAACCUCCUUGCACAAGUUCAAGCAGUACAGAUUUUGAGAAAGGAUUUUUUACUUCCUUUGGUCCUACUGUUGACGAUGCUUCUCUUGAUACCCAUAUGGAAUCUGAUCAGAAGAUCAAUCAGGAUGGUUGUGGGAAGGAUGAUGUUUGCUUAAAUGGAGAGACAUGUAUUGGUACUAAUUUGAGCACCUUUGUACCGCAGAAUGAUGAUGGAUGCGGUGCUGGGUGUGACUCUAGUGGUCAUGAUGAGCAACAACAUUCUCCGAGGCUUUCUUCGCAACCCAAUGGGCAACAUGGUGAUAGACAAGAUAAUCAUUCUAAAGCUUUUCAUCUCGAUAGGAUGGGCAACACUGUCGGUGAACAUUCAUUUUCUAAUUCCCAGUUGAGGCCCAAUGCGCAUAGUGAUAAUUUUAAAGAUAGUCUUCAGGAAGAACAUGUUGAAGAUUUUCCUUUGUGCAAUGAACAAGAUUCUCAUGAAACAGAGAACAUCCAUCAUGAAAGAGAUAAGUUGGGGAAAAGUAAUGAGUUUUUCAAGGGGAUACCAGUUUCUGGAGAACAGUUGGUCUCAAAUGCUCAGCCAUCCGAUAGGACGUCGUUUACAAAAGUCUUAAGUCCCUCUGGGGAAAAAGUUAGAGCCAUUCCAGAAGAAUCCAUAAGCAAUGGUCACCUAUGUGAAACACAAAAUCAGCAAGGAAAACCAAGUUCAACAGAAUCUAAGCAUUCAUCUAUUGGUUCUACAUAUACCAAUAAGCUAUGUCAUGGAAAGGGCACAUUUCAUACUCAAGGUGGUGAUUUUAUACCUGCUGCUCCAAUAGAUAUAAUAAAUGAACGGGAAAAGCUGAAGGAGACCGAUGAAUACAAGCGAGUUGUAGAAGAAGAAUGGGCUUCCAGGCAUAGACAAUUGCAAAUUCAGGCUGAAGAGGCUCAGAGGUUGCGGAAGAGGAAAAAAGCUGAAAGCAUGCGAUUAUUGGACAUGCAAAGAAGACAAAAGCAGCGCGUUGAAGAAGUGAGGGAAACACAGAAGAAGGAUGAGGAGAAUUUGAACUUGAAAGAGAAAUUUCGUGCGGAAGUAAGGAAUGAGCUUGGUAAACUGGAAAAAAUGUGCAUUGAUAUGGCCUCAUUACUUCGUGGGUUGGGUAUUCAUGUCCCAGGAGGUCCCUCGUUGCAUGAGGUGAAUGCUGCUUAUAAACAAGCGUUGCUAAGAUUUCAUCCUGACCGAGCAUCGAGAACUGACAUUCGUCAGCAGGUGGAAGCAGAGGAAAAGUUUAAGCUUGUUUCUCGCAUGAAGGAGAAGCUUUCAAUGACUUCAUGUCACUAAAUGCUAAUGAAUGGUUAGCGUUUAUUAUGAGAUAUGUAUCCUUUGUGAGCGUUUGCUGAACAUUGUUGCAGAUAGGGCUUUUCUGUGUCGAAGUUUUCUAUAUGAUCAGUUAACCAUUUUUUAAGGUAGCUAUUCACAUCACAUGUGAACAAUGUAAACGGGCAAUUCUGUAUCUUUGGCCACGGGAAUCAUCGUCUUUUAGGUGUUUUCCUUUUAAAAAUUUUAUUUUUGGUGGAUAUACUUAUAACAGAGGAUAUGAUUGUUAUCAAAAAAAAGAUAUUGUUGUUGAAUAAUUGUUAUCAGCUCCUUUUGGUUUUCAUGAACCUACAUUAAAUAGAACCAGCAUACUCGCUGGGCAAUGGCGGAUGAACAAUUGAAGCUUGAGAUGGAGAGAGAAAAACGCAUGAAGCAAGCUUUGGAAACGGCAGCACGCCUCCUGAAGGAAGAGAAUACCAAAAACCAUGGCUUAAUGUAUAGAGUUGCCUUCCAUAUUAGUGUUUUACAUAGAUGAUGGUAAACUGCAAAGCUAGCAGUUAGUUUUAUUCAGUGCAGUACCUGUUAUUCAGCUGUGUUGGCUUCUCUCUUC